AUGUUCAGAUUCUGGGCAUCCGAUCCUCGGGGAAGCGACAGGCUCGAUGCGCCACAGCCGAUCGCGGACCUAGUCAAGCCACACCAUCCGUCCAACUUGCCCAACACAGCUACGAUAACGUCCAACGUGCAGCCUCCCAAAAGGAGGCGGGAGAGUUUGGACGACCGAAACGAGUCGCCGGAUUAUGCCUCAUCUGCUAAAAGGAUCAAGACCGACUUCGACAUCCUCGGCGAUGCUCCCCGGACUUGCGACGCAUCGGCGCAUUCGGCACCCGUAAUCGCUGACCUUGAAACCGCGCGCGAUGAGAUCCGCCACCAGUUCGGCCUUGAGAUCCUACUCAAGCAUAAAGAGUUAAGGCUCAUCAACCAGGAGCUUGCCAAAUGCCAAGUUGCGCUUGAGCAACUACGACGAUGCCACCUCAUUCCCUACCCCAUCAACUGUCCCACUCCUGAACAAAUGCUCGAUGUCAGCGCCGGAAAGGGUCCUGCCCUGAAGUCAUAUCCCGGAGAACCAGUCCCCCGAUGGGCGCCUCCGUUCGGUGUUGUUGACGGACCCUAUGCUCGACAUUAUGCCAAGUGGCUAAUCCCCGACCCUUCCUUCGAUGGGAUCCAGCCGGAGUGGCAGUUCACUCCCGAGGCGACGCGCUCUAGGUCCUCCUUCACGGAAGGCCGAACCACUAGGAACAGUCUUACUGAUGCUGGAAGUGUUCUCAAGGGCCGUUCUGUGCGUGGCUCGGCCGGCCAAAAGCUUCAGUCCCUCUCCAACGGCUAUCCUCAACCAAAGGAGAAGGCAGGGCCUUGCGUCUUGAAACGUGCAGAUGGUCUGACAGUCAAGCUGGUCUGCCUAGACUGCAACCGCGAAAACUUCUCAAGCACCCAAGGCUUCAUCAACCACUGCCGUAUUGCCCAUAAGCGUGAUUUCAAGAGCCACGAGGAAGCAGCAGUGCACAGUGGCCAUCCCAUCGAAGUGAAUGAAGGCGGUUCCAUUGUUGGAGAAGAAAAGGCGCCGCCGGUGACUGCGCCAACGCCCACCUCGGUGCACCCCUUGGCGCGCACCGACAUCAAUGAUCAGGAAACUUAUGUCGCACUUCGAUCCAGAAUUGCAGACUCGCUCGAGCUCUACCGCCAAGGCAAGCUGCCCGGUGUCACUCGCAUUCCUUCUCUCCCCGCGGAGAGCGCAGACCUUCCCAAGAGUCAAGCUAAGAAGGCUGGCACCCUUGACUUGGCUCCGGAUAUGCCUCACCUCUCUCGUCUAUUGCAGAGCCGGAAGUUCAACGGCAAUCUUCGUGAUCUUGUUGCAGAUGCAAAAACAAAGGUGGAUUUGGAGGAUAUCACUCCUGGCGAGGAGUCGGAAGUCGCCGAAUUUCCUCCCAGGGGCAUUGAUGGAACGCCAACUUCAGCGGUUCGCACUCCUGUCGUUAUGCGCGUUCCUACCAGAAUCACCCAUUCUCCAGUACCCAUCGGCUCCUCUGGCCGUCCUACCAGCAGCAAGGGUCGCGCUCCCCCGAUCUCCUUCGUUACUCCACCGAACUCAGCUAUUGGCUUGGGUGUAAAGCAUGGCUCCAAUGCCCUACUCUCUGACGAAGAUAUGGAUAUGGAGGAUGUCGAUUUGAGUCCCAACACUCUCGUCAGCAACAAUGCACCUUCUCUGGUUAGUGACGACGGGGAGUAUGAUGACUCGGAUGAUGGAUCCUCUGUUUCUGAAGCCAGCGAUAACCUCGAAGGUGGAUCUGUCUCGGACGUGGCAGAGAUUACUCUAGACGAUGAGCAAGAUCCUCGGUCAUUGCGUCGCGGAUCGAGUGGCGUGUCUGGCACUGUGAGGCUUCGUAAGGAUGACCCUAAGCACGUCACCUUCAUGAGCCCCGUCAAGAACAGCACCAAAGACCGACGACCUCGAAAGGUCUAG